AUUCAAUCGAGAAUCGCGAUCGCGAGAACAUUUCUUUCCCCAAAAAGAUCACUAAAAGAAUUUUCUUUCUGGCUCCGGAAUGUUCAAGGGAGCUUUUCUUAUUUUCUUCUCAUCCCUUCUCGGUGCUUUAAUUGUGCAAACUCAAACUCCGCCAGAUAAUGGAACUUUAUUGCAGUAUGAUUACAAUCGUAAUAAAAUCAUUGACUACGAGGACAAACUUCGUUUAGGGAAUUUUUACUAUGACGAUGGCAACACGCGCGCAGAUAAGCUUAUGAAAGUUCUCAAGAAGGAAGAAAUUGAUGCAGGAUUAAGGAAUUCAUCGAAUUUCCCAGCUUCUCAUCACUUCUUCCGCGUCAAGGAGAAGAUUGAGCAAAGCAAAGUUUUCAAAAUAAUUCAGAAAGUGCCAAAAGGAGCCACUCUUCAUACACAUCUCAAUGCUAUGGUGUCCUCAGAGUGGUACCUUAAGAAUGUAACUUACCGCGAAGGAGCUCUCAUUUACAAUGAUCCUGAUGGAAUCACAAUGUUGUCUUUUAAACCUCCGGAUCCACCAACAAAGUGGAAUUAUUUGUCUGAUUUAAGAAAAUCCUCAAGGAAUAUGAGAGCUUUCGAUAAAUGGUUGGAAUCAAAGUUCAAUCUCUACGUUCCUAAUCCGGAGAUAGCUUAUCCAGACAUUGAUGUAGUUUGGGAUGCGUUUAGCAAUAUGUUUGGUGCAACUUAUGAGAUGACCUACUACCUUCCUGUCUACAAGGAUUACGUCUACCAGAUGCUUAAAGAGCUUGCUGAUGAUAAAGUGAUGUACGUAGAAAUUAGGACAGGUUUCGAUGAGAUUUACGAUGAAACUGGAAGAACUUACAAUCCCAUUGAACACGCUGAAAUCCUCAUUGACAUCAUUGAGGACUUCAAGAAGGAUCAUCCGAAUUUCUUUGGAGCAAAGGCGAUCUUUCAAGGAAAUCGUGAUCGACUAACAAGGGGAGAUCCCAGAGAUAUUGAUGUUUACAUGGAGCUGAAGGAGCGUUUCCCAGAAUUUAUUGUUGGCUUUGAUGUAGCAGCGCAGGAGAAGUACGACAAUACGGAUUAUGGGUUCAUCAAAGCUCUGCUGAGUCUACCAAAGGACACCAAAUUCUUCCUUCAUGCUGGGGAAACAAACUGGUACGGCACAGGCGUGGAUGAGAAUCUCAUUGAUGCCAUUCUACUGAACACAACGAGAAUUGGCCAUGGGUACGCCCUGAUCAAGCACCCCUACCUGCUGGACGUGGUGAAGAAGAAGCGGAUUGGAAUUGAAGUUAAUCCCAUUUCCAAUCAAGUCCUGCACCUCGUCUACGACCUGCGGAACCAUCCGGCGAGCUACUACCUCUCCCAAGGACUCGCCGUGACCAUUUCCAGCGACGAUCCUGGCUUUUGGAAUGCAAAGGGGGUCAACUAUGACUUCUACUACGCCUUCAUGGCCAUUGCUCCGGCCGACGCGGGCUUGGAGACGCUCAAGAAAUUCGCCUGGACGUCGCUUGAGCAAAGUGUCCUGACGGAGCGAGAGUGGAUGAAGGUGUCGGACAUGUUUCACGAGCAGUGGACGGCCUUCAUUGAGGAUGUGUCGCAGGAUCAAUCAGCCGCUGCAGCUGCAUGAAAAAAAAUAAAGUUUUGCGCUAAAA